AGUGGAUUUUUUAACCCACUCUCUCCUUAUUUUCCAAAUUGUGAAAAGCUCAAUGCACAAGAAUUACAGAGCACCCACUGCAGGAAUCUCUGAAAAGGUGAAGACAUUGUGCUUGGAGCAAGCAAAUUGUCGAGGCUUGUCUCAUGAAAUGGCUGAUUGUAUUGAAUAUGGUAUAUACUUGAAUUUUGGAGGCAAAUUUAUUAGGAAUCCAACGCUUCGGUAUGUCGGUGGUACUUUUCAUAGCAUAUGGUUCAAACCAAGUAGAUGUCAACCUGCUGUUUUUAGAGAGAAAUUACAAGAGUUAAACAUAGACAUGGAUGGCUUGACAGAUUUUGUAUGGUAUAAACAUCCUGCAAAGAGGUAUAUAGAUGUGUAUGUUGAGCACGAAUCCCAAAUUCAGAGACAUGUGACAAAAGGUGGGCCUUCCCACGGAAAUAGUGGCUCACUAAAUGAUGUUGUAAUGGUUGGUGAGACAGUAGCAUGUAAUGUAGAUUGCCGUACAUAUGGGGUUGAAGUUGAUUUAGGGGACAAAAAUGCUUUAGGUUCUGUUACCCAAGAAUGCCAAAUAGUUGCAGAACAUAAUAGAAAUUCAGGGGAUGCAGAUGGAAGAAUCGGAGAUGUGCUAAGUGGUGAUGAGUAUAUUGAUGUUCCUUGGCUGACCGACAAUGAGGAUGAGGAGUGGCAAUUUGCAAGGAAUCAAUAUAAGGAUACUCUUAAGUUAUAUGCAGAUGCUGUUGGAAUAGAAGGAGUUUUAGUUGAUCCAAGUGAAGCAUAUGUUGAGGAAGGAGUCAGCGAUUCAAUUGAUUCUGAUGAUGAGGUUAGUUUUGUUACAACCAGUGAUGAUAGUGAGGUAGAAGAAGCAAGAAGAAGGCGUUCAUACACAAGAGAGACAGUGUUGAAGAAAAAUGAUAAAAAAAGAGUCAGGGUUAUAUGCGCAGAUAAGAGGUGCAAUUGGGUUUUGCUACUUUCUUUGGAUGGGAGGACAAGAAGUUGGAUGAUAAAGACAUACCAGGAUGAGCAUACUUGCAGUUACAGUUUGAACAAUAAAAGGGUUAGAUCAAGGACUAUAGCUAGACAUUUCAUUAAGACAAGAGGUAUUUCAGCUACUGCAGCAACCCAAAUUAAUAUCCAACAAUCAAUUAAAGAAGAAUUGCAUCUUGAAAUCACAAUGAGUCAAGCUAGAAGGGCAAAACAACUUAUUAUCAAAGAGUUUGAAGGCAAUUGUGAGAAGGAAUACAGCAGGUUAUAUGAUUAUAGAUUGAAGCUUUUAAAGAAGAAUCCCAACUCUACAGUUGCAAUUGAUGCAAUGAGGCCUACACCAGAUUCUAAACCUGUCUUCUUAAGAUUCUAUGUCUGCUUUGCUGCACUGAGGGAAGGAUUUAUAGCUGGUUGUAGACCAAUAAUCGGUUUAGAUGGUGCAUUUCUCAAAGGUCCUUGGAAGGGUCAAUUACUAUCAGCCAUCGGAAGGGACGCGAAUACUCAAAUGUAUCUUGUUGCUUGGGCCAUUGUUGAAAAUGAAAGCACAAGCACAUGGACAUGGUUCUUGGAGUAUUUGAAUUCUGAUCUCAAAAUUGGUGAUGGACAGUGUUUCACCUUCAUAUCUGAUCAACAAAAGGGCUUGAUUAAUGCAAUCCAGACAUUGUUCCCUAAAGCACGUCACAGAAGGUGUGCAAGGCAUAUUUAUGCAAAUUUUAGAAAGGAUCACAAAGCAAAAGAAAGAUUGAUGAAGCUGGACCCCAAAUUCUGGUGCAAAGCCUUCUUUGACACUGAUGCAAAAUGUGAUGCUGUCGAUAAUAACAUGAGUGAAACUUUCAAUGGUUUCAUUCUAGAUGCAAGGCAUAAUGGACCUCUCUCACUACUUGAGGAUCUUAGAAGAAAGUGCAGCAAGAGGAAUAUUGAAAAGUUGGAAUUUGCUGACAGAAAGUUUAAAGGUCAAUUUGGUCCAAAAAUUUGGGAAAAGAUUGAAGAACACAGAAGCAAAAUGACAAGAUGCCAUAUCAAGUCACAAGCAAGAUGGCAUUAUGAAGUGGAAGAGCGACCAUAUUCUUUUCUAGUCAAUGUUCGUGAGUGUACUUGUAGUUGUAGAGUUUGGCAACUCAAUGGUAUUCCUUGCAGACAUGGAAUGCUUGUCAUCCAACAUAGGGGUGAGGAGUAUGAAGAUUAUGUGCACCCAUGCUAUAGAAAGCAAGCUUACAUUGACACAUACAAAAAUUUUAUCAUUCCUAUUGAUGGAAUGCAAUUUUGGGCUGAUUCUGGUAUGCCUGAAAUUGAUCCUCCUAUUCCAAAAAAGACGACAAGAAGACCUAAGAAAAAAAGACAUUUAGAAGAAUGGGAGAUGGCUUUUGGAUCAAACAUGAGUAGGAAAGGUAGGGUCAUGACUUGUCAAGCUUGCUUCAAAAAGGGCCACAACUCAAGGACAUGUCCAGUGAAAAAGCAAAAAUCUACUGUUGAAGAGUCAUUGUCAAAUGCUCAAAAUCAAGUUCCCGAAUCUAUCCAGCAGCCUCUUGCUAUUACUACUGUUGAAGAGUCAUCGACACAUGUUCAAAAUCAAGUUCUUGAACCUGUUCAGCAACCUGCUGCUACUAAUAUUCAAGUUUUAGAAUCUAUCCAGCAUCAUGCUCUUCCUACUGCUGCUGUUGCUAUUGCUAUUCAAGUUCAAGAAAUUGUCCAGCAACCUGUUCUUCAAGUUCCAAUUGAUGUUCAAGUUCCAAAAAGUGUCUCACAAAAUUCUAAUCAACCAAAUUUAAAUGUUGAGCAACCAAUUCAAGUAGUUACCAGGAAAACUGUGAUGGUUCCAAAGAGACUACCUAGAGAGUUUAGGACAACAUGUAGGUCGAGGGUUAGAAGGCCUAGUGUUGUAGCCGAUGACCUUGGGAUGAACAACUCCCUAAACAUCACUGAGAAUGUUGCCUUCACUGAGAAUGUUGCUGCAGGCAAUAGUGCUCAAGUGCAGAAGGAAAAUAAUGUUGUUGCAAGCAAUCAAGUGCAGAAAAAAAAUAAAGAGAAGGGUCAAGUAAACCAGAAGAAAAAGAAAGGGAAAGUGCUUGGAAUGGUGGAAAUCCCCAACCCUCAAACUGCCUUAUCUAUUCUUGAUGUGGAGAGAUGUGCGAGAUUAAGGGCCAUAAAACAGUCUAGGUUGGAUCAAAUGGAGACUGCAAAUUGGGGAUCCCUAUUGCAAGCAAUCAGUGAAAGGAGUGAUGGAAAUGCUUGUGAUUGAGGGGUGAUGGGUGAUGACUUCUUUUGUGCAUACUGUGAAAUGGUGCUUUACUUAGCUAAUGAUGUCUAUUUUGGAGUUUUAGUAGUGUUAAUGCAAUGUAUUUAAUGGUUUAUAUUCUGUGAUUAAUGGUUUAUGAUAGGGACAAUUAGAGCAUGUAAAUUCCUAUAAUGUGCUGCCCUAUUUUUGUUUUUGUUGCUCUAUUUUUUUUAAGUCAUGUCCUGUAUAAGCAAGCAAUAGAGCAAAGUUUACAGA